CUUUCAUUCGUUGUCCUGGUGUCUUUUCUCAGCAUAAGCAAUAAUGUCCAUGAAAAAUGCCAAGCCCAACUUCAGUCAAUCUCAAGUGGUUGAGAUGGUGAAAAGGCUCUUUGGGCUGACACCAUCAGAAAUCUGCCCUCUGCCCAGCUAUGAUGACCAGAACUUCUAUUUGGCACCCAUCGAGGGUGGCGAGUACGUCCUUAAGAUAUUGAACUCAGAAGCCAGUAAGACCCCCUCCCUGACUGAGGUGCAGAUGUACGCUAUGUCCUUCCUUCAAAGGAAUGGACUUUCUGCCCAAACAGCCCGGCCCACUGCCUCAGGCCAGCUCAUGAGCCUGGAAGAAACAGAUUGUGGCUAUGGCUUUCAGAAGUACCUGGUGCGGCUGCUGACUUAUUUGCCUGGAAACACCAUUUCCAAGGUCCCUUUAACACCAAAGUUACUGUAUGAAACUGGCAAGACAGCAGCCAGGAUGGACAAAAUCCUGCAAGAGAUGGAGCACCCUCAUCUUGGCAUGCUGCAGAGAGAGACGUUCAUAUGGAGUCUGUCAAAUAUCCCCCUCCUGGAAGCAUACAUCCAUGUAUUAGAUGGAGAUCCUCUUCAGAAGGUUGUGAAGUCUGUCAUUCACAAGUACAAGACCUCUGUGGUCCCUAAACGCUCCAAUUUCCGAGAGUGCAUUAACCAUGGUGACUUCAGUGACCUCAAUGUGCUUGUGCAGCCUGAGGGUGACGGCCACAAGAUUUCUGGCAUCCUCGACUUUGGGAACAUGAGCAGUGGCUACUACAUCUAUGAGCUAGCCAUCACUAUUAUGUACAUGAUGACGGAGCACCCCAAACCGAUUGAGGUGGGUGGACCUGUCCUCGCAGGCUGGGAAAGUGUCCUUCCCCUCAACGAGGCAGAGAAAGAUUGUCUCUAUGUCCUGGUGCUGUCCCGCUUCUGCCAAUCUUUGGUUUUUGCUCGCUACAAUGUGAUCUUGCAUCCAGAAAAUAAAGAGUAUCUGAUGACUACAUCCAGGAAGGGCGUCCACACUCUCCGUCAGCUCUGGGAGCUCGGAAAGAAGCAGGUGGAG